UGGGGAAAGGGGCCAAUUUGGGCCAACCACAAAGGUGAUCGUGAUUUGAAAUUGCCAUUGUGGCGGGCUGGGAAAGAAUGGGCAAUUGGAAAUGGGAAAGAGUGGGGAAAUUGCGAUGGGGGAAAAUGAGUGGGGAAAGGGGGUGAGGAAAUUGGAGAAGAGGGGCCAACCCAAAGGCGAUUGUGUUGAUUUGAAAAUUGCCAUUAUGGAUGCGGGGAAGAAUGGGACUGUGUGUGAAUUAAAAAUCUUGGGAGAAUCCAUCCAUCAGGAAGAGUGUUUGAAAAAUUCCAAUUCGAAAAGCAAAAGAUUGAAAUUUGAACUUCAGUUAUAUUUUAUGAGAUAGUAGUAGUAGAAAGUUUAAUUACACGCUGUCACAUAAUGUUUCCAUGCUUUCAUAAUACAUUUUUACUCUAAAAUAAUCUUCUAUUAUUAAAUUUGUAAUGAAAAUGUAAUAACAAUUUAAUAUAGUUAAUUGAAACAUUUAAAACAUUAUUAAAAAAUUUAAUCAUUGA